AUGCCGGCCCCUCGACGGGCACCACAGAAUGGCUACCGCCGCGGCGGGAAACAAGCGUACCAUGGACCUCGAAAAGCAAAGACCUUCGCGGCGAAGUCUGGCGCAGAGGCGACAUCAGCAGACGAGAAACGCGAGGCGGUGCGACUGGCACAUAGUAUCGAUGAAGCACAGGGAUUCGCGCGUUACGAGUCUGGAAAGAAACGCGUGGGCUGGCUGGUCAAUAUCCAAAGCACCAGUAUCGAAGAUGAAAAAAUCCCAGAGGGGAGGGCGGGUCUGGAUUGUUACUUCAUUGAGGAGGAUGGGAGCACGUUCAAGGCGACGCUGGAAUAUGAUCCGUACUUCCUGGUCGCGGUGAAAAGGGGCCACGAGUCAGAAGCGGAAGAAUGGUUGAAGCGCGCUCCUGGAGGAGGGGUCGUCAAGAGCUUAAGAAAGGUUGAAAAGGAGGAUCUGCAGAUGCCGAAUCAUCUUCUUGGGUAUAGGCGGACAUUCUUUGAGUUGAGAUUUGCAAAUGUUGGGGAUUUGUUGGCGGCGAGACGGGAUAUCAUGCCUAUUGCCGAGAGGAAUAGGAAGAACAUGAAUGCCAUGGAUACUUAUGCUGAGGUUGCCAGUGCAAACGCUGGCUUUGACCUUUUUGAUGACGAACGAGAUGAUGAGAGACGACUUAAUACUUCUGUUGCUGAUGCGAGUGAUUUCAUUGUAGAUAUUAGGGAAUGGGACGUACCAUAUCAUGUACGGGUAAUGAUAGAUCUAGCAGAUAUACGGACUGGGAAAUGGUAUACUGUGGAGGCAAAACAUGGUGUUACGACGAUGAAAUGCAUAGAAGAACGUUUGCAGAGAGCAGACCCUGUGGUCAUGGCAUACGAUAUCGAGACCACGAAAUUACCCUUGAAAUUUCCUGAUCCGGCUAUCGAUCAGAUCAUGAUGAUAUCGUACAUGAUCGAUGGCCAGGGGUUUUUAAUCACGAAUCGGGAGAUUGUCUCGGAGGAUAUUGAGGAUUUCGAAUAUACGCCGAAACCUGAAUACGAAGGGCCGUUUAUGAUUUUCAACGAACCAGACGAGAAAGCUGUUAUUGAACGAUUCUUUCUUCAUAUCAAGGAAGCUCGGCCUACGGUGAUAGCGACUUACAACGGAGACUUUUUCGAUUGGCCAUUUGUGGAUGCUCGAGCAAGUGUCAAUGGAAUCGAUAUGUAUCAGGAAAUUGGAUGGCGAAAAGGAACUGAUGACCAGUAUUGCUGCGAUUACAGUGCUCAUAUGGACUGCUUUCACUGGGUCAAUCGAGACAGUUAUCUGCCACAGGGGAGUAGAGGUCUGAAGGCCGUGACUACUGCAAAGCUUGGAUACGACCCUGACGAACUGGACCCGGAAGUCAUGCUGCGGUAUGCCAGCGAACGACCGCAGACUCUCGCUGAGUAUUCCGUUUCCGAUGCUGUGGCUACCUAUUAUCUGUACAUGAAAUAUGUACACCCCUUUAUCUUUUCGCUGUGUACGAUUAUUCCUCUCGGACCAGAUGCUGUUUUGCGAAAGGGAACUGGAACCCUCUGCGAAAUGUUGCUCAUGGUGCAAGCCUAUCAGAAGGAAAUCGUUUUACCGAAUAAGCACGUCCAACCCAAAGAAUCUUUCUGGGAAGGCCAUCUCUUGGAGUCGGAAACUUACGUUGGUGGCCAUGUUGAAAGUAUCGAAGCUGGUGUCUUCCGUAGCGAUAUUCCUGUCAACUUUGCUGUUGACACCACAGCCAUUGAUGAACUUCUCAAGGAUCUGGAUGCUGCUUUAAAAUUCAGUAUCACGGUUGAAGAAAAGAAGUCACUUGACGAUAUCACGAACUAUGAUGAAGUCAAGCAGCAGAUCGCGGACCGGUUGAACAGUUUGAAAGCAACGGCUAAUCGAAGUGAGCGACCUCUGAUCUACCAUCUGGAUGUCGCCUCCAUGUACCCAAACAUCAUGACCACAAAUCGACUGCAGCCUGACUCUAUGAUUCAGGAAUCGGAUUGUGCUGCAUGCGAUUUCAACAGACCUGGAAAGACCUGCGAUCGAAGGAUGCCGUGGGCGUGGAGAGGGGAAUAUCUUCCUGCGAAACGAGAUGAGUACAACAUGAUCAGAAGUUCCCUUGAGAAUGAGCGGUUCCCGGGCAAAUACCCAAAUAGCCCCCCUCGCACAUGGCAGGACCUGAGCGAAGAUGAGCGGGCUUCCCUUAUUCGGAAAAGAUUGCAAAUCUACAGUCAGAAAAUCUACCAUAAGAUCCAUGAUUCGAAAACGAUUGAGAGAGAAGCCAUUAUCUGCCAGCGAGAGAACCCGUUUUAUAUCGAUACCGUUAGAGCUUUCCGUGAUCGACGAUACGAUUACAAAGGGAAGCAAAAGGUAUGGAAAGGCAAGACAGAAGCGCUGAAAGCCUCCGGCGCUCCCGCGGCAGAGAUCGAGAACGGAAAGAAAAUGAUUGUGCUUUUCGAUUCUUUGCAACUGGCGCACAAAGUCAUUCUCAACUCAUUCUAUGGUUAUGUGAUGAGGAAGGGGUCUCGUUGGUAUUCUAUGGAGAUGGCUGGUGUCACCUGUUUGACUGGUGCGCAUAUCAUUCAAAUGGCCCGACAGCUGGUAGAGAGAAUUGGUAGGCCCCUGGAACUCGAUACCGAUGGUAUCUGGUGUAUGCUUCCUGCAACAUUCCCCGAGAACCAUGCCUUCACGCUCAAGAACGGCAAAAAGCUGACUAUCUCUUACCCCUGUGUUAUGCUGAAUCACCUCGUCCACGACAAAUUCACAAAUCACCAGUAUCAGACUCUUGUCGAUCCAAAAACCUUCAAAUAUGAGACCCACAGCGACAAUUCCAUCUUCUUCGAAGUCGACGGUCCAUACCGGGCUAUGAUCCUGCCAACCUCCAAGGAAGAAGACAAGAACUUGAAGAAGCGGUACGCGGUGUUCAAUGAGGAUGGAAGCCUAGCGGAACUGAAGGGGUUCGAAGUCAAGCGAAGAGGAGAGUUGAAGCUCAUCAAGAUCUUCCAGCAGCAGAUAUUCAAGUUCUUCUUGGAGGGCACAACAUUACAAGAGACGUAUGGAGCUGUCGCAAAGGUCGCCAAUCAAUGGCUGGAUGUUUUGCACUCCAAGGGCGAGACCCUGGCCGAUGAGGAGCUUAUCGAUCUCAUUUGCGAGAACAGGAGCAUGUCGAAAACUCUAGAGGAGUAUGGGACACAGAAGUCGACAUCGAUCACCACCGCAAGGCGCCUGGCUGAUUUCUUGGGCGAGCAGAUGGUGAAAGAUAAAGGCUUGAAUUGCAAGUACAUUAUUUGCUCGCGACCAAAGAGUGCACCUGUUACUGAGCGAGCCAUUCCUGUGGCUAUCUUCUCUGCGGAAACUACAAUCAAGCGACACUUCUUGAGAAAAUGGCUGAAAGAAGACCCUACAAAUAUGGACCCGAGAGCACUGCUUGAUUGGGAUUACUACCUGGAACGUCUAGGCUCAGUCAUCCAGAAGCUUAUCACUAUCCCAGCCGCCUUACAGAAAGUUCGAAACCCUGUUCCAAGGGUCCCACAUCCUGAAUGGCUGCAACGCAGGAUCAACAUCAAGGAUGACAAGUUAAAGCAGAAGAAGAUGACCGACUUGUUUGUGAAAGCUCCACUGGAAGAUAUUACCAACCUGCAUGAUUCACGAAUCGCGGAUAUGGAAGACUUUGGGGCCAAAAUCCUGAAGCCAAAAACCAUUGGGGCUGCACUGUCUCAAGCUUCCCAGAAGCCUAUGAAAAGGAAAUCCCCAGAGCCUGCAGUGGCUGUUUCGACGAACCCAUAUGCUACAUUGCCCGAAAAGAUGCCAAAUCCAACCGAAGACUACCUUGGUUUCCUGGAUUAUCAGAAACAGAAGUGGAAGAUCCAGAAGCAGGCCCGAAUCCGUCGUAGACACUUAUUCGGUGAGACCCGUGCCAAUGCCCAAAGCAAUAUUGGAGCGACUUUCCGCAACCAGGCAGAGAUGAUGUUCAAAGGUACCUGGCAGGUCCUCCAAUUGCGAGGGACGUCCAGUCCGGGAGUCGUCAUGGCGUAUGUUCUUAUCGACUCGAAGAUACAUACCCUGAAAGUUAACGUACCGCGGGAAAUCUUCCUAAACCUGAAGGGCAAAGAAUUGCCAGAUAUUGAGGUGGAUGGUUGUGUGGCCCAGAAAGUCAACCAUACACUACCAAACGGACAUCCUUCAGUGCACCUCUUCAAGCUGACCAUGCCUGAAGAAGUAUAUAUCAACGACGCCGAGAAGCUAUCGCUACUGUUUAAUCAUCCAAGUGUGGAGGGGGUUUAUGAAAAGCAGGUGCCGUUGAACAUCCGGGCGGUAUUGCAACUAGGAAAUCUCUGUACUUUUGAUGAGACACAACCAGGUGUUCUGGGCAAGGGUCUUGAAUCGGGAUUCGAUCUUUCUACUCUUUGCCGACCAGUCACAACUCAGCCAUACCUUUUACAAUCGCCAAUUGCUUAUCUCUAUCUCUACCAUGUCGUCGCUGGGGAUCGACAAGUUUUCGCUUUAUUCUCUACGGCGAAAGAGCAAGCUCAUGUGGUCAUCCUUCAGAAAUCUAAAGACUCCAGCGCAGACCUGCCAAAUUUCGGGAAGAUCUACAGUGAUAUGCUGGCCAAACGAGAACAGGAAGCUGAUGGGCAGGAAUGGCAGAAUUGUUUCCAAUAUCAAGAGAAGCUCCAGUUCAAGACAAGCCAAGUCACGACAAGACGGAAAGCUCUUCUUGAAAUUGGAGAUCUUGUCAAGAAGAUGCGAAACGAUGAAUCGAAACCACUAAUGCUCGUCAUUCAAUCACCGCAACGACGAAUGCUUACUCAUGAUGUUCCUAUUCUAGCAGAGUUCCCAGUUCUACCGUUGAGGUAUGAGAUUUCGGACAGCAACCUCCCGCCACUUGGCUGGCAAUCUUUCGUUGCAAAGCGUCUGGUUAAUCAUUACCUCGGCCUUGGAUCAUGGAUCUUGCAUCUAACGGAGCUGGCAAGAUAUGGUGAUGUUCCGCUUUGCAAUCUCGAACGAGAUGAUCCUCGGUUUUUGAUCGACGUUGCGUAUGCACGGCGCUUGCAGAAGCACAAUGUGAUUCUGUGGUGGUCCGGAGGCCCAAGACCAGAUCAUGCUGGUUACGAGUUAGAUGAUAUUACUGGACCUCUAGAUACUGUGCAGAUGCCGUCUGUUAACAAUCCCGGUACAUAUCCUUCCGUUUGCAUCGAGAUUGAUGUCCGCAACCUGGCAAUCAACACCAUUUUGACCUCGUCCCUUAUCAAUGAGCUCGAGGGAAGCGACUCAGUCUCAUUCAACCCAGCUGCACCAACGGAUGAUUCACCAAGCGAUGGGACGAAUGUCCUUUAUGCAGACAAUGCUUUCGCGACCGCCGGUGUCACGGUCCUCCGCGAGAUGGUCAAGGCCUGGUGGACUGAAGCCAGCAGAGGAAGUACCAUGGCAGACAUUAUGGUGCAACAUCUCGUUCGAUGGGUUGAGAAUCCUGAUUCGUUUCUGUACGACCGCUCAUUACACUACUACGUACAGAUGAUGUCCCGAAAAGCUUUCCUGCAAUUAAUGACCGAUUUCCGAAGAGUCGGCUCUCAGGUCGUCUUCGCCAAUGCAAAUCGACUACUCUUGCAAACAACUAAAUCUGAAGUCGGCAAUGCCUACGCAUACAGUCAAUACAUUCUAAAAUCUAUCAAGGCGAAGCCCCUCUUCCACUUUCUGGACCUCGAAAUAAAGGAAUAUUGGGAUUACCUGGUGUGGUAUGAUGAAUUCAACUAUGGCGGCAAAGCUUGCCAGGAAGUCGUCGAGGCUGAGAACCAAACACUGGACAUUGUCAUGCAUUGGCAACUCAGCAAGUUUCUACCUGCACCGCUCCAACCCAUCUUCCAUGAUUGGGUGGUUGAGUUUGUCGAGAUUAUGCAUAAGCUUAAACGCCCUCGCAUUCUCGGUGAUGGUGGUGUUGAUGCAACGCCUCGACCAACUCAGCUUCCCGUCCACGCCCUUGGCGAUGACAAGGAGGACAAGAUUACCUUAGGAAAGGAAUUUGAGAAGCCCCUCAAACGUCAAAUAGCCGGUCUAAUCAGACGCCAAAAAGACGAGAUGCUACAUCCUGAACUAGCUUCCGAUUACAACUUCCCCCUCCUCCCUGGGUCACACCUAACAUUAAGCAAUCCUGCCCUCCAACUCGUCAAAUCACUCAUGCAAGUCUUAUCCCUUGACAAGAACAUUACUCUUGAAGCCCGUCUCCUCCGCAAGGAAUUGCUUCAAAUGUUCGAGAUCAGGGAAUUCAGUAACGAAGCGCGAUUCGAGAAUCCGAGUGAGAGCUUAAGGAUGCAACAGGUUAUCUGCGAGAACUGCACCAUGGCACGCGAUCUCGAUUUCUGCCGUGACGAGGAUCUAAUCCCCGAUCUGGGUCCCGAUGGGAAGGUAGCUGGGGAGGCGAGGGCGUGGAAAUGUUCGUUCUGCGAGGCAGAGUACCCUCGGCUUGAUCUGGAGGAGCGGCUGAUUGGGAACGUGGAAGGGAUGGUGACGGAGUGGUGCACGCAAGAUCUGAAGUGUGUCAAGUGCAAGGGUAUCCGGGUGAAUGAUUUCAUGGAGCAUUGCUCGUGUGGCGGCGCCUGGGGCGAGACAAUCAAGAGGAGUGAAGUGGAGCGGCGCUUGGGCGUGUAUGGGAAUGUAGCGCGUGUCUACGGGCUGCGGAUGCUGAGUGAUGUUGUCAAUGGCGUAGUAGGAGCGUUGUGA